GCACUCAACAACCUUGUAUUUGGUCUUGCCUCCAUUCUUGAAUAAACAAAAGCCCACAUGCAUGACAAGCCCCGGUUACUUCUAGCUGCAGAAGUGCUUCGUCCUUGGAUUUGUUCUCUGUUGUUUUGGCUUCAAAGUGCAGAUCAUGCUUUCCUUUUCAGUUAAGAAUAUCACAGAUUUCGAGUACAGUGGUCAAAUUCAGCUGGAAUUUGAGUAAAAUGUGGACAACGAGCACAGCUUAAAUAGCACCAACAAUUCUUGUUCCAAAAAAGGAGAGAACACUUAAGUUUGGAUUGUUUAUAUUAGAAAAACACAUUGGUGUUGGUGUUUUCUACGUAUAUUCAAAGAACUGGUUAAUUUUCAAAUGCAAAUGUCUCAGAAACAUAAUAUGUCCUACGAGGCUGUCCAAAAUCUUGGGUCAUGCUGCUUCCUACAAAGUGAGAACCUAGACUACUAUUCAUCCUCUGAUAACAGUAGCCAUGCAACCUACCCUUCUGUUCGUACUUUAGAGCAAUAUUGCACCCUGGAAUCUUCUACAAAGAACAUUUUUCCUUCCCUAAAUUCCCCAACUACUGUCAGCUUCUCACCUAACCAUAGCCCACUCUCAAAGCUACAACCAAAAUCAUAUGUGUUGAGUUCACAUAGUUCUCUUGAAAUUACUAAUGACUCAAUAGAAAAUGAAUCAUGUUUGACGCAUAAUGACAAUGAGCUGAGGCACAAGAUAAGAGAGCUUGAAAGUGCUAUGUUGGGACAUGAUGCAGAUAUUCUGGAUAUGUAUGAUACUGUAAUUCCGGAGGAAUCUGAUUCAUUUUUGCUAGAGGCAGAAAGGUGGAAGAAAAUGAUGGAGAUGAUAUCUAGAGGGGAUUUGAAAGAGAUGCUUUGUGCAUGUGCAAUAGCAGUGGCAGGAAAUGAUAUGGAGACAACUGAAUGGUUGAUGUCAGAGUUACGCAAAAUGGUCUCAGUUUCUGGCAACCCAAUCCAACGAUUGGGGGCAUACAUGUUGGAGGCUCUUGUUGCAAGACUGGCCUCUUCAGGAAGCACAAUCUACAAAGCCUUGAAAUGUAAAGAGCCUACUGGUAGGGAACUCCUUUCACACAUGCACCUACUUUAUGAAAUCAGCCCAUAUCUCAAAUUUGGUUACAUGUCUGCAAAUGGAGCUAUUGCUGAAGUCAUGAAGGGGGAAACUGAAGUCCACAUAAUUGAUUUUCAGAUAAACCAGGGAAUACAAUGGGUGAGCCUAAUCCAAGCUCUUGCUGGCAGACAUGGAGGACCCCCCAAGAUCAGAAUAACAGGUUUUGAUGACUCCACUUCAGCUUAUGCCAGGGAAGGAGGUCUUGAAAUUGUGGGAGAAAGGUUGUCAGCACUUGCACAAUCAUAUAAUGUACCCUUUGAGUUCCGUGCCUUAGAAGUUGCUCCCACUGAGGUUGAAAUUAAAGACCUUGAACUUCGACCUGGUGAAGCUAUUGCUGUGAAUUUUGCCAUGAUGCUGCACCAUCUUCCAGAUGAAAGUGUGGAUGGUCAGAACCAUCGUGGCCGGUUGUUGAGACUCGCAAAGUGUUUGUCUCCAAAGAUCGUGACACUAGUUGAGCAAGAAUCACAUACCAGCAACCUCCCAUUCUUUCCCCGUUUUGUUGAGACAAUGAACUACUACUUGGCUAUUUUCGAAUCAAUUGAUGUUGCUCUUCCAAGGGAUAACAAAGAAAGGAUUAACGUGGAACAGCACUGUUUGGCUCGUGAAGUUGUCAACUUAGUAGCAUGUGAAGGGGCAGAAAGAGUGGAACGUCACGAGCUUCUCAAGAACUGGAGAUCACGUUUCACCAUGGCUGGAUUCUCACCAUAUCCAUUGAACUCCUUUAUUACCAGUUCGAUUAUAAAUCUUCAGCAAAGCUACCAAGGACAUUACACUCUAGAAGAGAGAGAUGGAGCUCUAUGUCUUGGUUGGAUGAAUCAAGCUCUUAUUACUUCUUGUGCUUGGAGGUGAUGAUCCAAAGCAACUGGUUCAUAUUUGUUAUUGCAGACUUUUGUUAGUUUAUGUAUCAUCCUAAUCCUAGCAGAAUUCCUCGUUUCAAAGUCAAA